GAGCUACCGCACACAGCAUCAGCCCUCGGGCUGUGUGGCAGUUCCGCAAUAUGAUCAAGUGCACCAUCCCCGGAAGUGAUCCCCUGAGGGACUACAACAACUAUGGCUGCUUCUGUGGCUUGGGAGGCUCAGGCACCCCAGUGGACGACUUAGACAGAUGCUGCCAGACUCAUGACCACUGCUACUCUCAGGCCAAGAAGCUGAAAAGCUGCACAUUCCUCCUCGACAACCCCUACACCAACUCGUAUUUAUACUCCUGCUCCGGGAAUGAAAUCACCUGCAGUAAAAAAAACAAGGAAUGUGAGGAAUUCAUCUGCAACUGUGACCGCGAGGCCGCCAUCUGCUUCUCCAAGGCUCCGUACAACAAACAAUACAAAGACCUUGACACCAAGAAGUUUUGUUAGACUUGUACCCGAGCCCCUGCCUACAGCACGCCUGCCUGCC